CGCUGGUCCUGACCUCUCUCUCUCUUUCUCUUCUUUUCCUCCUCGGAUUUAGAACAACCAUCAGUGUCUCAGGAUGUCCCAACAAAAAUCAGCAAUCCUCUCCGUCUACGAUAAGACUGGACUGCUUGACUUGGCCAAGGGCCUUGUCAAGCAGAAUGUCCGUCUGCUUGCGUCUGGUGGUACCGCCAGGAUGAUCCGGGAGGCGGGGUUCCCAGUUGAAGAUGUUUCAGCCAUUACUCACGCUCCCGAGAUGCUUGGUGGUCGCGUCAAGACACUCCACCCCGCUGUCCACGGUGGUAUUCUCGCCCGUGAUAUCGAGUCCGACGAGAAGGAUCUGGCCGAUCAGAACAUCGCCAAGGUCGACUACGUCGUCUGUAACCUGUACCCCUUCAAGGAGACCGUCAACAAAGUCAACGUCACUAUCGAAGAGGCUGUCGAGGAGAUCGAUAUCGGUGGUGUGACUCUGCUCCGUGCCGCUGCGAAGAACCACUCCCGUGUUACCAUCCUGUCCGACCCCCGGGAUUACCCAGAGUUCUUGAAGGAGCUUGAGGCCGGUGAGAUUACCGAUGCCAGCCGGAAAUCCUAUGCUCUGAAGGCCUUUGAACACACUGCAGACUAUGACACUGCCAUCUCUGGUUUCUUCCGCAAGCAGUAUGCUGGUAACGGAGAUCAAUACCUGUCUCUGCGCUACGGUACCAACCCUCACCAGAAGCCCGCUUCCGCCUACAUGCUCCAAGGCAAGCUUCCAUUCAAGGCCCUGAAUGGAGCUCCUGGCUAUGUUAACCUUCUCGAUGCCCUCAACUCUUGGGCUCUGGUUAAGGAACUCAAGCAAGCUCUUGGAUACCCUGCCGCUGCCAGUUUCAAGCACGUCUCUCCCGCCGGUGCUGCCGUCGGUGUCCCUCUGAACGACAAGGAGCGCAAGGUAUACAUGGUCGAUGACAUUGCUGACAUCGAAUCCUCUGCCCUGGCCCAGGCUUACGCUCGUGCCCGUGGUGCCGACCGCAUGUCUAGCUUUGGCGAUAUCCUCGCUCUUAGCGACAUUGUUGACGUCCCCACCGCCAAGAUUAUUUCUCGCGAGGUGUCCGAUGGUGUCAUCGCCCCCGGAUAUUCUCCCGAGGCUCUGGAGAUCCUGUCCAAGAAGAAGGGUGGCAAAUACCUUGUUCUUCAGAUGGACGAGUCCUACGUCCCCCCGGCCGAAGAGACCCGCACCCUCUACGGUGUUCAGCUUAGCCAGCACCGCAACGAUGUUGUCAUUUCCCCUCAAAAGACCUUCAGCACUAUUGUCACCCCUAAGGACCUGAAGACACUCCCCGACUCCGCUCUCAGGGAUCUCACUGUGGCUACCAUUGCUCUGAAGUACACCCAGUCGAACUCCGUCUGCUAUGCCCUUAACGGCCAGGUUGUUGGCCUUGGUGCCGGACAGCAGAGCCGUAUCCACUGUACCCGUCUGGCCGGUGACAAGACCGACAACUGGUGGAUGCGCUUCCACGACCGUGUGCUGAGCAUCAAGUGGAAGGCUGGAACCAAGCGUGCUGAUAAGAGCAACGCUAUUGACCUCCUGUGCUCUGGUCAGACCCCUCGUAACGAUAUUGAGAAGGCCGAAUACGAGCGUGUCUUUGAGGAAGUUCCCGCUCCUUUCACCCAGGAAGAACGCGAAUCCUGGCUCCAGAAGCUGAGCGAGGUUGCCGUCUCUUCUGAUGCUUUCUUCCCCUUCAUCGACAACGUGUUCCGCGCAGCCCGUUCCGGUGUCAAGUACAUUGCUGCUCCCAGUGGCAGCCAGAACGACGGUCCUGUCUUUGAGACUGCAGAGAAGCUCGGCAUGGUGUUUGUCGAACAAGGCACCCGCCUCUUCCACCACUAAGCAUGUCUGUUUUAGAAUGACGGAGUUGAUUAAAAAGAGAGAAAAAAAGGUACUAGUAAGCUUUCCAGUAGCUUUGAUGACACUGGUAGUGUGUUUGUGACGACUUUUUAUUUAUACUCAAGACCUUGAU